AUGGCUAAGAUUAACACCCAAUUCUCCCACCCUGCGGUAAGGACCAUGGACAGAGAUCUGGACCACGUUGAAAAUGGCCUCGGCAGGGUCCACUCGCCUUGCGAGGAGACUUCAUCAGAACUGCAGCAGGAGAUCGCCAUGGAGACCAGAGGACUGGCUGAAUCCAGGCGAAACUCCUCAACCAGCCAGGGGCCUGCCAGGUUGUCUCGUCUGAUCAUCUCGCUGCGAGCAUGGGCCACCAGGCACUUACACCAUGAGGACCAGAGGCCUGACUCCUUCCUGGAGCGUUUCCGUGGAGCUGAGCUCAAGGAGGUGUCCAGGCGAGAAAGCAAUGCACAGUCUAAUGCGGGCAACCAGGAGCCACCAGACAGAGGGAGAAGUGGCUGGCCCCUGGCCAGAAACAACAGCAGCACCUGCAACCACUCAGAGGAUGACAAGGCGAAAAAGGAGGAGAAAGAGAAAAUGGAAGAAGAGAAAAAGAAACACUGCACAAAACAAGAGGACAGAAACAAGGACACCAUGGUGGUGGACCCCUCCAGCAAUGUGUACUACCGCUGGCUGACUGUCAUCGCCCUGCCUAUCUUCUAUAAUUGGUGUCUGCUGGUAUGCAGGGCCUGUUUCGAUGAGCUGCAGUCCGACCACGUGAUGCUGUGGCUGGUCCUGGACUACUCAGCAGAUGUCCUCUAUGGCUUGGAUUUGCUGGUGCGAGCUCGGACAGGCUUCCUUGAGCAAGGCUUGAUGGUCAAGGAUGCACAAAGGCUGUGGAAGCAUUACACAAAGACCGUGCACUUCAAGCUGGACAUAUUGGCCCUGGUCCCCACAGACCUGGCUUAUUUUAAGUUGGGUGUAAAUUACCCAGAACUGAGGUUCAACCGCUUACUGAAGUUUACCCGGCUCUUUGAGUUCUUUGACCGCACAGAGACAAGGACCAACUACCCCAAUCUGUUCAGGAUUGGGAACUUGGUAUUAUAUAUCCUCAUCAUUAUCCACUGGAAUGCCUGCAUCUACUUUGCCAUUUCCAAGUUCAUUGGUUUUGGGACAGAUUCCUGGGUCUAUCCAAACAUCUCAAACCCAGAGUAUGGGCGCCUCUCCAGGAAGUACAUUUACAGUCUCUAUUGGUCCACCUUGACCCUGACCACCAUCGGGGAGACCCCACCCCCUGUGAAGGAUGAGGAGUAUCUGUUUGUGGUCAUAGACUUCCUAGUGGGAGUCUUGAUUUUUGCCACCAUUGUCGGCAACGUGGGAUCCAUGAUCUCAAACAUGAAUGCUUCACGGGCCGAGUUCCAGUCCAAGAUUGACUCCAUCAAGCAGUAUAUGCAAUUCCGCAGGGUGACCAAGGACUUGGAGACGCGGGUGAUCCGGUGGUUUGACUACUUGUGGGUAAACAAGAAGACAGUGGAUGAGAAGGAGGUGCUCAAGAGUCUCCCAGACAAGCUAAAGGCCGAGAUCGCCAUCAACGUGCACCUGGACACUCUGAGGAAGGUCCGCAUCUUCCAAGACUGCGAGGCAGGGCUGUUGGUGGAGCUUGUGCUCAAGCUGCGGCCUGCAGUGUUUAGCCCAGGAGAUUACAUCUGCAAGAAGGGGGACAUCGGGCGGGAGAUGUACAUCAUCAAGGAGGGCAAGCUGGCUGUCGUGGCCGACGAUGGGAUCACCCAGUUUGUGGUCCUCAGUGACGGGAGUUACUUUGGGGAAAUCAGCAUCUUAAACAUCAAGGGGAGCAAGGCGGGGAACCGCAGGACAGCCAACAUCAGGAGCAUCGGCUACUCAGACCUGUUCUGCCUUUCCAAGGACGAUCUGAUGGAGGCUCUCACUGAAUACCCAGAAGCCAAGAAGGCCCUGGAGGAGAAGGGACGGCAGAUCCUGAUGAAGGACAACCUGAUUGACAAGGACCUGGCUAAGGCUGGGGCGGACCCCAAGGAUAUUGAGGAGAAGGUAGAGCACCUGGAGUCUUCCUUGGACACCCUGCAGACCAGGUUUGCCCGGCUCUUGGCUGAGUACAGUGCCACCCAGAUGAAAGUGAAGCAGCGUCUCAGUCACCUGGAAAGCCAGGUGAAGAUGUGUGGGAGCAACCUUCUGUCUGAUGAGGGUGCUCCUGGGAAUGCUGCAAAAGCAGAGACCAAACAAGAGUGAAAUGCAGAUGUCCAUCUCCUGCUUCCCAGAGUCAGCCAUUGGUGUGAUGCAUUGUAACUGCAGCUGCACAGCCCAGGACUCAGCGGGGUUGCAUUCCAGUUCUCCUUACCCUUUACAACCGUGUGGCCCUAGGAGAGAGCCUCGGUUUCCUCAUCUAGAAAGGGGGACUCAUGUCAGCCCCACUGAAGUGGCAGAUUCCUGUGAUGUCCACAUGGAACACUACUUGAGGCAGGGCUUUGUAUGUGAGGUGUCCCCAAUCCAUGCAUACGGAAGUGUGGGCAUAGAACUCUGAUUUUUUUAUCCAUAAGGAAUUUUUAGACUUUUGAACUUUAUUUUCUUGUAAAUGGAAGAUUAUUUAGUCAUCCACCCCCUCCUGUACCCCACGCCACCACCUUCUGAUAAGGGAGAUAUAACAGAAGCUAGAAGUGCAAUGUGGGAUCUCAAAUGUAUCCUUGCAUGAGACAGAUUGGGGCACAUCUCUAAAUCUGGUUUCUCCUCACGUACACUUUGGGACCCUCGAAAUCCUGGCCCUUGAUCAUGCACAAGGGAAGAAGCUGGGUCACCCCAUUUGAGGUCACUUUGAGCCUGUGAAGCAAAUCCAGACUCCCCCACCAUCCAGCCUCUGUGAACCCAGAAUCUGUUUAGAAAAGGACAUCUUGAUGAGGGAAAGAGACAUCUCCUAACUCACCAAGGGACUUAAAGACAGCCUCUCCCCCUCCUUCCUCAGUCAGGAACAGGGACAGCCUGUUCUGACUUGAAGAGGAGAAUUAUGUUCAGGAAGAGCCUUUCAGGUUGGAGGUUGGAAUGAGGUCCUGCGUCAAGCAAAGCUGACAACUAGAAUGUUUAGAUCAGACCCUGAGGCCGUAUCUUUGCAAACAGCCCCUCCUCUCAAAGAAGCAGCCUCACUCUCCCUUGGAAUUCUACCUUGAGGCAAAGCUCUCAGCUAGCAGGAAGUGUGGACAGUGCAGGACCUAGCUUUUUUCCUUUUUUAAUCUAGUAAAUAGAAUCCCAUUACUAUUUCUAUAUUUGGGUUCUAUGAUUGCGAAUUAUAACCUUAAUGGUCCACGUAAAUACACAUUGUAAAUUACCCAAAGAUAAGUAAUUUUUCUGUUGCAGAGAAGCCAUAUGUACAGGUUUCCUUCUCUGUCUCCUCCUUCCCUCCUCCCCCCUUCUUUCUUUCCUUCCUUCCUACCCUCCCUCUUCUCCCUCCCUCCCUCCCUUCCCUCUUUCUCUUCUCUUCCAACAUCUCUUCUCAGAACACAAUGCCCCACUUUGCUUUGGGAACUUUGAAACCUCUGUGGUCUGAUGUUAUAAUCCGUACGCUAUAUAACUGGGCCCUAAUGUAGUUCAUACAAAAGGUGCUGCUUUUUCAAGUAUGUAUUUUGGUUUUAUAUGAGCCUCUUCUGGUUUUUAUUAUGGAUAAUUCGACCAUUUUUUAAGUUUCUAAAAUGAAUUUAAAAGGACUAUUAAAGGAAGAUGUGAUCCAAGCCCAUAUCAUCAGCACUCUGUAACUAGCAACGUAUUCUCCAAAUGCAUAUAUUUUAAAAAGCCUUAACUAUUAACUAUGCCUAUGUUUAUAUUUGCACAAGAAAAAUAGAGACUCGGAUUUAAAAAACA